GCAGGACUAUGACAAGUUCGACGGUGGGGAAUGGCUGUAGAUUAAAACAAGACAAGAACAAACCAGAAAACUCAUCCGAGGGGAGAUCAUCCCUGUGGCACAGCGACAGCCAGGAAAAAUGACAAAAAAUUGGAUUUUUCAGAUGGCCAUGGCUUCAGGAUUCUGGUGAUUGCGCCAGGUAAGAGGAAGAAGAAAAAACCCAACAACAUGCUUUAUUAGCCACCAUCUCUGUCUGUUAAGUUUAACCAACCCUCAAAAACAGCAUAGAUAAUGAGAUGCUUUUUUGUUUGUUCUGGUAGGCUGAGAAAAAAUUUAGUGAAAAUUAUGAAAAAAGAUAAAAGGGUGACAGACUGUCUGUUUUGCUAUAAUUGGCAAAUUGACCAAGUCAUUUCUUGCCUUUUUCUUCUUCCCUUUGGUCUAUGUUUUUUCUACAGGAUAAUGAAAUAUGAUACAGGGAAGAGUUAAUUGUGUUUUUCUGAGAAACCGGUAGCAAAAAGUUUUUGGUUUCUCCAAAGGGGCCAAGGUGAUCAGCACUAGCUUAGCAGAUCAUCUUCCCCACCCUUUUUCGCAUAUCUUUUCGGGAACUGGCAUUUAUUUUUGCCAAAUCUCCAGUUUCUGAAUGCCCGCAGGCGGCCAACGUCUCAUGCUUCUGAUCCAGGGUUCCCAGGGUGACCACCGGGACACCCUUCUUUGACAUUUACAAAUUUAUACAUCUGCGCAGCAGCACAUUCAGCCUCAUAACUUUAUCUUGGGAUGCUGAAGAUCAGAGCCAAAAAGGUUGUCAAGAUGAGUUGCUUUUCAUGUUGUUCAGGGGAGAAACUAAGCAGAAAGUCAUUGAAGAGGAGUAUUAAGAAUUACAAGGACACGAAAACUUUAGCAUCAUUUGCCAACCUCUCCUUCAAAAGUGAUAGCAGCAGGAAAAGGUACAUAACAGAAGAAAUAAAGAAAGUUGGAAAAGGACAUAUAUCUGCAAAGAUAUUCGCAUUCCGGGAAUUGACGGUAGCAACUCAAAACUUCAACCUUGAAAAUAUGAUCGGGGAAGGAGGUUUUGGGAGGGUGUACAAGGGCCAACUUGAAGAUAAGGUUGUUGCGGUUAAGCAACUUGACAGAAAUGGGUUUCAAGGGAACAGGGAAUUCCUGGUGGAGGUUUUAAUGUUGAGCCUUCUUCACCACUCUAACCUUGUGAACUUAAUUGGAUAUUGUGCUGAUGGUGACCAAAGAAUCCUGGUCUAUGAGUACUUGGCCAAUGGCUCCCUGGAAGAUCACCUUCUUGAUUUGCCAGAGGGAAAAGCUCCUUUGGAUUGGAAUACCAGGAUGAAAAUUGCAGCUGGUGCAGCAAAAGGGCUAGAAUACUUGCAUGAAACAGCAGAUCCUCCAGUGAUAUACCGUGACUUCAAAGCAUCGAACAUAUUGUUAGAUGCUGAGUUCAACCCAAAGCUGUCAGAUUUCGGCCUCGCCAAGCUCGGUCCAACCGGGGACAAGACUCACGUCUCCACCAGGGUGAUGGGGACUUAUGGCUAUUGUGCCCCUGAAUAUGCAUUGACAGGACAACUCACAUCCAAAUCUGAUGUUUACAGCUUCGGAGUUGUGUUCUUGGAGAUCAUCACAGGGAGGAGGGUCAUUGACAAUUCAAGACCCAGUGAAGAGCAGAACCUUGUGACUUGGGCAUCGCCAUUGCUGAAAGACAGGAAGAAAUUUGAUUUACUGGCAGACCCAUUGCUGGAAGGGAAGUACCACCAAAAGGGUCUUCACCAAGCACUUGCUGUAGCAGCAAUGUGUCUCCAGGAGGAAGAUACAACCAGGCCGUUGAUGAGUGAUGUGGUGACUGCUCUGGAGUAUCUAGCCACGAACAAAGGUCCGGGUGAAGGAGGUAUACUGGACGAACACGAAGAGGGCGAAAACGAUCAUACCGAAAGCUGAUAGAUAGGCCUAAAAGCAACUGGAUCAAAACUGGUAGUGAAGCACCUAGAAGAGAACUGAGUUUAUCUCAGGGGCCAAAGAUUGAAAGGAAAAAAUGGGGAAAUGUUUGGUUGGUUUGUUUUGGUCAUCUUGGCACCCUCUAGGCUGGUCGAAGAGUUAAAAACAACAAAGCUUCAUAUGUACCAAAGGAGAAGGUGUGGUCUGAAGAAAUUAGCUGUGGAACUUUGUUGGUACUGUGUGUAAGUUUUGUAGCAAGCAGCAAUUGGAGAAUUUCCCGUUUAUGGUAAAAUCUUGAGAGUCUCAGCUGGUGAAUCCCUUGAUCUUGAACAGACUUGCUCGCUUGGUUGUUCUUAUAACUGGUUUUACAGCACCAAGCCUACCAAUUGGGAAUCCUAUAGUCCAGGAAAGGUCUACCUUUUAGAAAAUUAUUUUAACUUAUAUAGAGGAAUAACAAUUUCGACAUAACUAGUUCUUUUUAACAUGAACAAACACCAGCAUGAAACCCCCAAAAUGAGAGUGCAGAGUUUGGAGGAGCAAAUCUUAAUUGUGGCAAGGCAGUGUACUCUGUGCAACCACAUGCAUCAGUUGUUUGAACAACUGAAUUUUCUUGGUCAUCGACGAUUCGACAUGUCAUUUGUCAUUUUGAGAUUUGGAAGCCUUGGUUGAAAUGGAGUUCAUAGCGAAACUUACCCAAAUGUCAUUUCUGGUAGUCUCGGGCAUUUCAUUAUGUUCUUGCUUGUGUCUCGAGUCGAUUUUCAUCUGUUAUUCUCGUUUUUAUAAUGUUCUCAAUAUGAGUUAACAAAAUCGUUUCACCAUGAAAAAAGUAUUUUGAUUGAACUUGGUUUUUGAGGAAUUUUGAUGUCUCAUAAUCUAUAUGAUCUCAUAAUUCAUACAUAUAUCUGCUAUUCAUUUAGGCGUUGUAGUUUGAGUUUUUACAUUAGAAUCGAUUAACUUUCCCUCUAUAAUAAUGUCUAUCCCGCACUUAUGGGUGAUUGAUUGAUAGAAUACAAAACACAUAAAAUUUUACGUGCUUGUCAAACAAUCCCUUACUUUGGUAUGGCAGUAAAUAGAGUAAAUAGACUGGUUAUACCACUAAAAAUAUUAUUUUUAGCGAAAUUAUCAUUUAUAUGACAUACUUUUGAUUUGUCAAUUCUCAUUUGUAUACUAAAUCAUUUCUGUUUAAUUGUUAAUUUUUAUUGGAAGUAUAAUUUACAAAUGAAACUUUAGCUAUGUAUUUUUAUUUUUUAGUAGUAUUAUCCUAAAUAUAUAUACACAUAAGCUCACUUGUUUUUUUGGUAGAAAAAUAAGAAUUGUUAUAUUUUUUUCCAUAAAAAGGGAUAGUAAUAGGCAGGAUAUUACAUCUGUUUGAAAAGUAAAUCGCUACAGUCGAUACUAACCGAUCUAUCGAUGAAAGAGAUUUUGAUGCCCCGAAAUGGGUAGCACUUUCAAUUCCUAAGAAUAAAGUGACCAAAAACAC